CACAGCGUAGAUGUCCGAAUUCAAUGGCUUCGGAGAAUAUCAUGGCGGUUGACAAAAUUGUAUAUCAAGUCGUCUGUCCAAUGCGUCUGCUCGAGUUCAUCGCAGCAAGAGCAAAGUGCGACGACUACAACACCAUCAACAGACCAUAUUUUACCCGAGAACACUAAGAAGGUUGCAAUGUCUUCAUCGCGCGCUGAAACCGCUGUCUCGUACGCAUCACUCAUUCUUGCCGACGCGGACAUCGCCAUUACAGCCGAAAAGUUGCAGAUAAUCCUCGAAGCAGCCGGUAUCGACGACAUCGAACCCAUCUGGACUGCUCUAUUUGCGAAAGCACUCGAGGCGAAGGACGUCAAGGCCAUCUUGACGACUAUCGCUUCGUCGGAGAACGUCAGAGGGCCCAAUGUCGAGAAGUCUCAGGACGAUAGGGAGGGUGAAGAGGGAAGCAAGGACGAUGAAGAACAAGGGAUUGAAGAUGAACCUAGUGACGAUGAUAUCGGGUUGUCUCUGUUCGACUGAGCGGAUGGUAUGUAGAGCGAGAUUUGUCGAUGCGAUUAGAUUGAGCCAAACAAUUAUGAAACCCAAUUCAUUGACCAAAACAUUUACGAGGUAUAGAC